AUGUCUGAAAUUCUUCCUUCUUCUGUUUCUUCAUCGAUAAAUGAGGAGCCUCGUUUCUAUCAUCAUAAUCAUUCAUCAUCAACAAUGAGGGAACAAAAACAGCAUCCAUCAUCUGUUAAUAUAAUUAAUAAAUAUUAUGGAGAAGGAGGGAAUACGAAUUCGGAGGAGGAUGAUCGGAAACAGCAACCAUCACAAGAGAUGGAUGAAUUGAAUAUGGAGGAUCAUCCGAACAAUGAAAAGGAAUUUUCCAGGAAUUUAUUUAAUAAUGACAAUUUGAAUUCCAAUGUAGUUGGAGGAGAGGAAGACAUCAUUGAAAAAUCUCAACAAUUAAUGAAAUCGAUAAAAAAUGGGCAAUACCAACAAGGAUUUUCCGAAGUAAAAGCAAUAGAACCAUCCACAACUCAUUCAACAACACAAGAAACAAUAGAAUCUUAUACAGAGCCAAAAAGAGAAGUCGGAUUUGACAGAUUUAGUGUUGAAUCAACAAAAAAUAUGGCAAGCAAAAAAAACAAUAUCGAACAGAAAAAGGGUCAAGAAAAAUCAACCAAAGACUCUAGUCAAACACAAACAUUGAUUGACACUAUAUUUUCACCUUUUUAUUGGAUAAUUGGAAGUAAUCAAAAUGUAAAUAAUGACAAAAAACAAAAACUACAAAAUGCAAAUGCCACCGAAAAGCCACAAACACAGGAAUCAAAAGAAACAUCAGGUGAACUAACAACCGGAGAGAAAGAAAAACCUACGGCUGUAUUUCCCUCUAAAAAACCAGAAAGAACAGGUGACAGCUCCUCGUCAAUUCUUUCAACAAUAUUCUCUACAAGCUUAUUUUCCUCAUCAGGAAACAAGAAACAGGACGAAAAAACAGAACCUAAAAGAGAUGAAUCCAAAAAAGAAUCAAAACGAAAAACAUCUGGUUCACCUUUAAAAUGGAUUGAACGAUUUGGAGCUGAUGCUGGAAAGGCCGCAUCGAACGCUUUAAAAGAUCCCCUUGAACGUUUAGCGUCCAGUCCUGUACUUGCCACUGGAGAAGUUAUUGUGGUUCAUUCGCUAGAUUUUGAUAAUAUUGAUUUUAGAAGGAUUUUCAAGUAUUUCCUUUUCAUGGUCUUCACUUGGAGGUUUAGUCACACAUUCUUUGGAACCCUUCUUCCAGCACUACUGGGCAUUCGAAGAAGAAAUAGAGCAAGAUCUAUUGAACCACUUGGUCAAACUUAUGUUCCAAUUCAACACAUCACCACAAUUCCUUCCAAAACGAAAGGGGCUCCUUCUGUUACCUUCAUUCCUCCUAACCAUCACCAUCACUAA